CCAAUUGCAUAGUAGAUACCACAUUGUUGUCUUGAGAUAUGUCAAAUUUAGUUUGGAAUUAAUUUAUAAACAAUAAUUUAGUACAACGACCAUUUAACAAUCUGAAUUUAUUCAAACUCAUAAUAAACUAUAAGUAAAACGCGGUAGCGCCGCGUAAUGAGUGAUUCAGAUGAUACAGAUAUUUUGCUAUUAAUACCACCGAAUUACUUUGCUACUGCUACCCCGGAGGAAUUGGAAGAGUUUAAAACAGUUCAACCUGUAAGGACUCCAGCUACAGCAUUUACAAGCAAUGAAAAUUACAUGAGCGCAUAUAUUGGCAACAGUAAUCAUUUGGAUCGCUCAGAAAAUAAUAUGCAUGAAAUGGAAGCAACUCUUACCGAAACGAAUACAAAUGUUGAAAACGCAACUGAUCGGAGAAAUAUGGAUUUGUUUGUGGCGAACAAAUAUAUGGAACUGAAUGAAAUCAACUCCCGCUUGAAGUUGUUGGAACGUGAAAAGGAUUGUCGUUUUACCGCUGCUUCCGACAUAUCCACCAUAUCGAAUGGCACACAAGCAGCACGAAAUAAUAGGGAAGGAAUGGUACAUUCCACACCUAAAUGUUAUACCAACACUGAACGGCAUUAUAACAGAGAUGCUGGUGGUAUUUUAAAUGAAAUUGAUAAUUUCUUAGGCGAUCGUAACCGUGAACAAUUGGAUAAUAUGCAUUACAUGCAACAGCCAGAACCCAUUAUUACAAAUCCAAGCGUAGAAAAACCACAGCAAACAAAAAAUCGCUAUCCACAAGCUUAUGCCGAAGUGAAAAACACAUUGGGAGCUGACAUGAAUCUAAUUAGCUUAAGUGAAAUAUGGGGUAAAAGUGGCCAAGGCACUGCUAUUGCUUGUGCUGUACCACAGCAGUCGGUGUAUAUAGAAGAACAAUUGCGACGUCAGCAUCUGGAACGCACAGUGCAUUCUUUGCAAACGCGUUUGCUUGAAUAUCAACAGCGGCUGUCGGUAGCUAUAGAAGUGGAUCGUGCCAAAGAUGCAGCCAUAUGCAAUGCACAAACGGAAUGUAAAGCCUUGGAUGCCGAAGUUAAUCAACUGCGUGAAAAAGUUUCAAAACUUGAAGCAGAUAAUACACAUUAUAGCACUAAAAUGGAAUCACUUCAAAAGGAAUUAACACAGGCAUUAAGCUUAGUAACUAAAUUUCAGGAUAAAAGCGAAAAGCUGGAAAGUGAAUUAUCGACAACUUCCAGAAAAACGAACGAGUGCACAACUAUGUAUAAACAACAAAUAGAAGAGCUUGAAGUUAAGAUUCACGGCUGCAAGCGUUCGGAAGAGUUCGCUAUAAAUGAGUUGAACAAAUUUAAGGAUAAAUUGGUAAAAGUAGAUUAUCUAAAUGAAAAGCUCAAAACACGCUGCGACGAGCUGGAAAAGGAUUGCGGUACAUUGCGGAAUCAAAAGGAAUUGUUGCAGGAAUUUCAACAAAAGCAAAAAACACGCGCAGACACAUUGGAAAUACAGAAAAAAGCAUUGCAGGAGAAAGUAACGGCGCUCACAGAGAGCGAGACGAAUUUGAAGAAAAAAAUGGAAAUUCAACAGAAGACACUUAAAUCACAUUACCAACAACAACUAGAAAAUGCAGUGGAACUCAAAAUGAAGGAAUUUCAACAGCAAUUAGACAAGAAUGAGGAAAUACUUAAGUUAGAGGCGCGUGAACGUGAACGUUUGAUCGCUGAACGUGCGGUCAAACAGAUUGAAUUAAUUAAUGAAAAAAAUGAGAUGGAGCUGAAUUUACUGCAAGAGAAACAAAAGGAGGAAGUAGAGCUGUAUCGCAUACAACUUGCGAAUGCCACAAAGAAAAUUGAAGAUCUGGACUGUAAACUGAAUGCUUACAAAAACAAAAGAGCGGUGAUAGCCGAAAAGCUGCACGGUGUCAUGGAAGAUCAAUGGCAAAAGGCAUUGGAAAUAUUGACAUCACCAAGCAAUCAAUCACAUCGCAUAAGCAACAACACAGAUUGCGAAUCCUUGGCAAACAAUGAAAAUGCAUUGGAUAAAGACGAGUGUGAUUAUAAAACGCCCAAAAAUAGUAAAACGCGUGAACGCAUAUUGAAAUUCAAAGAGAAUAAUCUAAAUAACGACAAUGAGCGCAGAACUACACCCGAGCCAAUGGACAGACUGCAGGCAUACAUUGAAUUGUUGCUUAGCAAAUCACCCAGUGAAUUUGAUAAAUUGGAUGAAAUACUAGCUUUAGCUAGUAAAACCAAAUCAACCACAUCCAACACGAAAUCGGAUAAAACUGAUAAACAUAUGAAUUGCUGCAAGCCACCAUGGCGCGGAUAACAGUAUUUUUUUUUUUUGUUUAAAUAUACUGUUAGGGUAAUACUCGUAUAUAUGCAUACAUGAAAGUACAAAGUGUAGCAGUAUUCGCGCAUUAGACGUGUUUGUACGUAAUUAUGUGUUUCAAUUAAAAAUAAAAUGUUUUGUUUUAAUUUAUAUUCUUAUAGUAUAGAAAAGCCUUGCAACUAUAAUUUACUUAGAAAUAAGUAUUUUUUUAUUAUAGUUAAUAUGAUAUUAAUAAAUGUUUUAUACUCCCGA